AUGGCCCAAGAAUCUGUUGGCGUAGUGGGUGCUGGACUCGUAGGGUGUCUUGCGGCCCUUGCGUUUUCCGCAAAAGGCUACAAAGUUCAUCUUUUUGACUUGCGCAGGGACCCCAGACUGGAAACGUCCCAAAGAAGCUUGCGGCUGAUCAAUUUGGCCGUGAGCGAUCGUGGGAUCCGUGCGUUACAAGCCGUCGACGAGAAGAUGGCCGAGAGAAUUCUCCAGCACGUGAUCCCCAUGAAGGGAAGAAUGAUCCAUGACAUCACGGGCACGAAACAGGAGUCUCAGAUAUACGGGCUUUUCGGCGAGAGCAUCAAGUCGAUCGACCGCCUGUUUCUCAACAGACAGCUUUUGGACGAGUUGGACAACACCGAUGUCGAGGUGCUCUUUGAGCACAAGUUGACAGGUGUAUCUGACAUCGACAAGCUCGGGGCCCACCCAACGUUGAAAUUUGCCACCUCAGGUUCCGAGGAGGCUGUGUUUAACUUUGACUAUGUGGUCGGCACAGACGGCGCCCACUCGCAGUUCCGCUACCAGAUGCAAAAGACCAUGCGCAUGGACUUCUCGCAGAAGUACAUUGACAUGCAAUACAUGGAGCUUUCCAUUCCGCCGGUGGAGGGAGCGGCGGCCACCAGCGCCGGCAGGUUUUCUCUCGACCCAAACCACCUCCAUAUCUGGCCCAGAAAGGACUAUAUGUUGAUUGCAUUGGCCAACGGCGACGGUUCGUUCACCUCAACGUUUUUCAGCCCGUGGGAAAUCAUCGAGUCGAUUGGCAGCGCGGAAGAUUUCGUUGCGUUCUUCAAGCAGGCCUUCCCAGAUGCCUGUGGCUUGAUCGGGGAGGAAGGUUUGAGAUACGCCUACGACAACCAGCCCCGAGGCUCGCUUGUGCAAGUAUCCGCGAGCCCCUACGCUAGUCCCAACAACAGAGCCAUUAUUCUUGGAGAUGCCGCGCACUCGAUGGUUCCUUUCUACGGACAGGGCAUGAACUGCGGGUUUGAAGAUGUGCACGUGUUGAUGCAGCUCCUAGAGCAGAGCAACGGGCUGUUGGACGCUGCCUUCGGCAAGUAUACUGGCGCCAGAAAGGCCGAUUUGGAUGCCAUCUGCAAACUUGCGCUCGACAACUACUACGAGAUGUCGACCAAGGUCACGGACCCUUUCUACUUGCUCCGGAAAAAAGUUGACUACUACCUAGGCAAGUACGCCAACGACGUGUUGUUCCCAUGGGUGCCGAUGUACUCUAUGGUGUCGUUUCGGGGAGACAUCCGAUACUCGGAGGCGGUGGCCCGCGAACAGCGCCAAACGAGGGUCCUCAACUGGAUACAGUACGUGACCUUGGGCGGAUUGGCCAUAUAUGGAGCUGCCAGGGCAGCACAGGUGCUUGAGAAAUGGAGGCGCUGA